GUUUCUCGCAAGGGAAACACACGCACCAGGACGAAAUAUAUAACUGACGACCGAGGCGGCCGGAGUUAGAUACACAUACAUCCCGGCCAAAAAUCAGGCGCGCAUGGAAGGGAGGUGCGACGCCGCCGCGUUGCCGUCGGAGCCUGUGAUGGUGAGGCUCAUCGGCUGCUUCGGCAGCCCGGUCGUCCACCGCGCCGAGCUGGCCCUGCGCCUCAAGGGCGUCCCCUACGAGCUCAUCGAGGAGGACCUCAACAACAAGAGCGAGCUGCUGCUGACGCACAACCCCGUCCACAAGACCGUCCCCGUGCUCCUCCACGGCGACCGCUCCAUACCGGAGUCGCUCGUCAUCGUCGAGUACGUCGACGAGGCCUUCCCCGCCGGCCCGCCGCUGCUCCCAUCCGACCCCCUCGCACGCGCCAACGCCCGCUUCUGGGCAAGAUUUCUCGAAGAGGAGUUCAAGAAGCCCUUGUGGAUUGCGCUGUGGACGGACGGCGAGGCGCAGGCAGCGGCGGCGAGGGAGACGAAGGCGAACCUGACGCUGCUGGAGGCGCAGCUGCCGGAGGGGAAGAGGUUCUUCGGCGGCGACUCCAUCGGCUUCCUCGACAUCGCCGUCGGCGGGGCGCUCGCGCACUGGAUGGGUGUGGUCGAGGAGAUGGCCGGCGUGCGGCUGCUCACCGAAGAGGACCACCCGGCGCUGUGCCGCUGGGCGAGGGCGUACAGGGCCGACGAGACCGUGCGGCAGUGCCUCCCGGACAGGGACCGCGUGCUCGCCGCCUUGGCGGCCAGGAAGGACCUCUACGUCUCCAUUGCCAAGGCCAUGGCUGCACAGAAGUAGCACCCCAUUUCACGACGAGGAAGGGGAUACAAAGUCAAUGAUUCCGGACUUGUAUUGUAUGAAUGUCGAUGCAUGUGGAAGGUGGAUCCGAUGGAAUAAUAAAAAAGAGCAAUUUGUCGCCUGUCUUGGCUCUUGGGCCGUUGUGGGGUAUACUGGCCACUUGGACCCAACUUUGCUUGAUGAGUGAGCAAUGAGGCCAUGCUAGAGUUAGCCAUGGUUGUUAACCAGCAUAAUGUAAUCGCAAUGAUGUACUUAAGCCAAACAAAUAUUAUUGGGUUUGUAUCAA